CAGCAGUUGCACUCGAAUUUAUCGGAAAACAGAAUUCAGAAACUUGGAGUUUGAAAUUGGUUGCAUGUAGAGUACGUAAAGAGACGACGGUUAUACUUGUGGACGUGGAAAAAGAUUCAUAGUACAUGAAUAUGAAUGGGUUUGAAACUCAGAGCCUUCAAUUUUGAAGGCACGGGUGCCAUGAAUGGAAAUCUUGCUGUAGUGAUGGAUCUAAUUGGAAAAAAGCGUCAUCACCAACCAGAGCUGGUGAGCUUCAUGAACUACGUCUGUCGCUGACGACCUCUGCUCAAGCUCGUUUGUUGGUAUUUUCUCUGUCACCAGACUCCUUCAGUGACGAUUCCAUCGAUUUCUGGGGGAAUCCCGAUGACUGUUAGAGCAAGCCAGAUUUUGGCACAUCUACUUCCCAGGUCUCAACCAGAUUUAGUCGUCAGUUUUAUCAGAUACCUUCGAUCGAAGGCCAAGUGUACAGAUUCUCAUUAAAUCCGAGUCUCACCUCCCAGAUCAUGCCAGUGUACCUGCAGAAUAUUUCUGAGCAACAGGUUGAGCAGCUGCAGUGACCGCCAUCGAGAGGCAGAGUUGCAGCGCACCUGAACUAGAUUCAGACUAUCUGGAGCACAUCACCAGAUGGAGAACCGAUUGUUUUACAGACGACUCGCGUUGCACAUGCCUCCAGUUGGUAGGACUGAUCUGAACUUGACUGAAUUGGAGCUAAGCAAAGCCAGGUCAGGUCAGGCCAAUAUCUUCUCUGUUUCUGUUUGGAUUUCUGUGGCUGACAGGGGAAUCUGUCCGCUUAGAAAGGAAGUGCCGAAAUCGAUGAAAUUCAUGCAGAAGAAAACUGUGACUGACAUCUGAUCCGGAAGAGGAGAUGCCUCGUUACCGUCUCAUUUACUGGAUGACUAUUUUAUCCUUUUAAAGCCCAUUUGCUCUCAUGGCGACAGAAGUCUUCUUCGCGGCACGUGGUCCUCACCGGCUGGUGCUCAUCUCCACUUUGUAUACCAAUAUUUCCGAUUUUAACGUGGACGACUUUGCCACAGGAGUUGCAUCUUUAUACGAUCGAUGUGUUGUCGUCGUUGGACGGUCUGAAGACUUGGCUUUGGAACACACUAGCUCAGUCUGGAGAAUGCCUAGCGGUCUGACACGAGAUACCUGGAUGUCAAUUUUGUGGCAAUCGGUCGCCUGUGUGUGAACGAAGGGUGGAUUCGGUGGACAACUGUCCUCUGACAUUGUCAGAUCUGAGUUUCUGCUGAACUACGUACAGUACUGUAAUUGUAUUCUGACUGGACUGAGCUCAAAUUUGCUCUGUCAUCCCUCAAAUUUGUUCCUGAGGUCCGGUUUGGCGAGAGACCUCUGUCUCUAGUCCCAUAUCGGGCUUGGGUUUCGGUUUACUUCGCAUAAUAUUUAGUCACUCAAUCAGCUUCUCGGUCGAGUUGUCUUCGUAGAGUUUGUAUCACGUCUCUGCUGAUGCCGAAGGGAUUCACUGUUUUGUAGCUUGGCUUUCGAGAAAAUUUAGUCCUGUUUGCGAUGUAAGGUCUAUCUAUGCACGAAGGACAAUAAGUCUCUAUCAAAGCUGAUCGGAAUGUGUACGCCUGAGCUAAGUUCAGCUGACGGUCAUGGCAAUGAUGAUUUCCUUUUGGUGGAUUUGGUUUCUGUUCCCAAAUUGGGAAAUGUGCCUCUUGAGGUUUAACGGCAGAAGCAGAGGAGCACUUGCUAUCCCGCUGGAAAACCUGUAAUACUCAUCCCACGAAUUGAUUGACGGGGCAUUGAUAGACUGGCAUAGUCGCAUAUCGACUUCAUGGAGCCGAUCGAGAAUGAGAAGAUUCUUCCAGUCAAGCCUGCACCAAUCGUGUGGCUUGUGCCUAUGCCGUUCUUGAGUCACGUCAUGUGCUUCACGCAUUUGGCCAGGAACUUAGCUCGUCACGGGCUCAAUGUAGUGCUCUUCAUCUCGCAGGAAGAUCGUCAACGUUUGCUCACCGCUCACAAAAAUAUUUUCGAGAACUGGAAGCUUGAAGGUCUGGACAUUCAACUGCGAGUUCUCAAGCUAGACGAAACAAUCAUAGCCGAUGGAGGUGUCGGAGGAAAUGCACGAUUCGUGAACCCUGUAUACCAGACAGACGAUGCAUUUGAGAAGACUCUGAAGAGUGAACUGCAAAGUGAUUCGAAGCCCACUUGCGUGAUAGCUGACUUUUGGAUGCCAGGACCGAGGGAGACGGCUGCCAGGUUUGGCAUUCCUGGAUGGACUUUUUGUUCUUUCUCAGCUGCUUACCUUUCGAUUUACACUUAUCUUAGCCAUCUCGAAGCCGUGGGCAUAUUGAAUCUUCCUGACAAUAUCCAGGAUAAGAGAUGUCAGGAGGAAAUGAUCAGUGUACCAGGACUUCCUGUGAUGAGACUUUGUGAGUUGGGUUCAGUUUUCUUCAAGGACGAUCCCUUGAAUGCCCCAGGGAGGCGGAACGGACCAUCUUUGCAAAAAACUGAUGUCAUACUUCUGAGCGGAUUCUCCGAGCUGGAACCCAGACAGACAAGAGAGCUCGAGAGGCUUUUGCAGGCUUACGCCGUCAGAAACGGCAGAAAGGCACCCCACAUCUGGCAUAUUGGACCUACAUUUCUUUCUCUGUCUAGUAGCAAGGGGGCAGAAUCAGUUAGAGUUGGAGCUGACAAGAAACACCCGAGUAUAGAUUUCCUGGAUUCUCAACCUGCGUCUUCAGUUGUGUUUGUUGCAUUUGGAAGCGAUGUCAAUCAUACUCGGAAACAGAUCCAUGAGAUUGCCUAUGGACUUGAAAACAGUCAGCAGCCAUUCUUAUGUGUCCUACAUCCUCCAAAGAAAGGUCCAGACGUUCAAGUUGAUGAUAUCUUUUCAGUCAUACCUCAAGACUGUCUAGCUCGUACCAGAGGCAGAGGUCUGUUUGUGCAGAGCUAUGCACCUCAGAUGGAAGUCCUUUCACAUCCAUCGACGGGAGCGUUUAUUUCACACUGUGGGCAAAACUCUCUGCUGGAAACCGUGUCCAUGGGAGUUCCUAUUUUAGCAUGGCCUUGUUUAUAUGACCAAUUGAUGAAUUGCAGGUUCUUGGUGGAUGAGGCACAACUUGCCUUGGAAAUCUGUCCAGGCUUGUUGCAACUGGGAUACGUGGACAGAAAGCAGAUUGAGACGAGUAUCCAUACCCUGUUUCACACUAGAGAAGGCUCUGUCUUGAAACAGAGAGCUUUGGAAAUGAAGCAAAAAGCCGAAGAAGCUUUAGGAGGAAACGGAUCUUCAACAAAGAAUAUGCAGGCCCUGCUUCAUCUUAUUGAAGGUUUAGAAAACGCGAACCGUAAGAAGUCUGCUUUCCACAUUUCAUAAUGUCUCUCAUUACGAAUUUGAUGUGUUUCUGCCCCGUCAUUGGAAAAUACAUACUAAUGUGUUUGUGUAACCUCUUGCUUUGAAGUAAGCAAAAAUAAACGAUGCUGAAUCAUACUCUAUGCCUCUUAACUGGUGGCACCUGAGAGCUCAUUUUACUCGUGCUCUAACAAAUGGAAGUCUUUUUCCCGUUAAAGUGGAUAAGCGAAUUAAUCGUGCGCGUCACCACAUUCAGAGGAAUGUGGUGACGCGCACGCUGUCAAGCUCUAAGUCGGCUGUUGAUAUUGAAGCUACUGCCUGCCACGACUGAAAACUCGCAUGUUCUUAGAAGAACUUGCUCUGGUACAAUCGUGUAGCUGGUGAACGUGGUUAAGUUGAUGUACAAUGUGAUAUAAUCCACAUAGUUAUGGAUAUGAUUUCUUCCAAGCAAUCUUGCCGUUUAUCUUUAAGACGCGUGUACAGCUUGAGAUGGUUUACUCCGAUACAGUGCUUAAAAUUUUAAUACAGGCAUAUAAUUGUUCGCGAAA